CCCCGAAGCUUUUCAUCCGCCGGAACAAUCAGACUAGCGGGAGUUUCAUAACAGACCGACAUCCUUCCUACAACAAGAGAUUACGAAGCUGCGGUCAUCUCCCGUUCUGAGAUUGCCUUUCUCCACCUCUUAAUCUCUCAACCUAUGGAAACUCAUUUCCUAGCUAAAGUUUUCUCGAUUGUUCCCCAAAACUGAAUCGCAUUAGCGCCGCUAUUAAACUCGCGUGCUUCAGACUGCAGACUUCUUGCUUUCCUUUUCUUUUAAAAAUUUUCUGAACCUCUAAAAUAUUGUACGAAUACGAAAAUAGAUUUUACUUCCGAAAUCUAUUAGUUCAACUCCGAAAUCGCACUUCUGUGCGCGACAGGCCGCCAUUUUCCUUUCAUCAGAUUACGUCAGAUCGCUUCGUAGCAACUCUAUGUAAGGAAUUAAUUACGAUCCGGUCGCGGUGAGUUUUCCAACCGAUUCCCGAUUAUUUCGAGGAAUCGUUUCGUCACUGUCUCGCAACCCGAUUACGUAAGACGCGGCAAUGAAACGAACCGCUACGCAAUUUUGCAACCACCGUCAGGGGUGUAAUCUUCUUCUCUCGUAUCCUUUCGAAACUUUCGAGUAUAAAAACAAAUGUAUGCGGGUGUACUUAGUAUAAUCUUGCUAAGAACUUGGAACUCCUCGCUUCGUUAUGAGAUAUUACUUGCUGAUUGUGGUCGCCCUCGUCUGCGAGGGAGCGAGGGUGCCUCGAAUCACGGACUCGUAUCCUGGCUUCCAAGGCUUCCAUGGACAAGGUCCUUAUCAACAGGGACACAAUUAUCCUGCGGGACCGUUUUCCGGGGGAUUUAGACCUCAUGGACACUUGGAUGUAGGAAACGAUUACUAUGGCGGACAGCAUUCCAUCGGCGGUCACUCUGGAGACCAUUUUUCAGGAGUUCCGUUCAACGUUGGAAGCCACGGAGGAUUCAAUUCACCGCGGAACUACGAACGCUUCAACCAUGCACCCGAUUACGAUUAUCAUCUGUAGGAAUCUUGUUGAAUGAGAGUUGCGUGCAAGGAUUCUUCACGGAUAACGACGAUGAUCGAGCUAGCAAUUCCUUUAUUUCUCCUUACUCCUUUAUAUUCAAUAUAGAUAAUAUGUAAUAUAGAUUAAUAUAAUAAUUUGUGUAAAUAACAUUGUUAGAAUGAAAACAACGACGUGGUGAUCAUUAAUGCUAGGCUCUCCAUUUUGCUCGGUUCUUAUGUACAACGGUAUCUUUGGCUCUCGACGCUACUUUUGGACCAUUCUCGAGAGUACUCGAAGAAGGAAGAAACGAGUACUCGCUCGAACACGCGACUCAGCCCGUGACAAUCUAAUCGACACGCAACUAUUGACUGUUUCCGACCAUAGAAGCAUCGUUUUUUUUUUCGCAGCGAAGGAAUCGGCGACGGUAAAUUCCAUUUGGCGUUAGGCAUGAAACACAC